CAGGCCAGUCGUUCUUCGCGAGCCGCCGCCGCCAGCGUCCUUGUCCGCUCCACACCCCUCGCCCGUGCCCCUUCUCGCCUGCCUCACGCAGCUCAGCUCUUUGCCGCACCUCCCACUCUCGCCCCUACUCGCAUCUCCCGUGGCGCUGCACCCUCCGCCGCCCAGCAUGAAGCUGCUCGCCGUGCCGCUGGCGCGUCUCACGCCCAAGGCGGCGCCCCUGCUCUCCUUCGUCGCCGUGCCGCCCGCCAAGGCGCCCGUGCAGGACGGGCCGCCGCCGCUCUCCACGCGCCUCCUCACCCGCGCCUCGGACUUCUGGGCAGGGCUCGGCAAGCCGGGCCAGAAGAGCGUCGGCGACUGGAAGCGCCGCACAUACGUCACCGGCGAGAGGCUGAUGGACCGCAUCGAGUAUGAGGAGUGGGCCCUCAAGGGCAUUGACCCGAGCUUGGGCCCGAAGACGAAGGGCGAGAAGAUCGACGUGGGCGAGAAGCUCUCCCUUCUCCAUCCACCGGGUCUCGGUUCCGCGCAGGUGAUGCACUCCCUCUCUGCGCUUGCGGCGCGAAGAACGCCGCACCACCGCAAGUACCUCAUCUGGUGCAUCGUCGGCAUGCCCUUCACGGCGCCGUUCGCACUCAUUCCCGUCGUGCCGAACCUGCCGUUCUUCUACCUCGUGUGGCGAGCUUACAGCCAUUGGAGUGCGUACAGAUCUUCAUCGUACCUAUCCGAGCUGCUGGCGGCCAAGCGCAUCGUGCCAGAGCCGUCGAAGGAGCUGGACGAUGUGCUUCGGACACCUGCGCCGCCGCCAUCUGCAUCGGAGGCGAGCGCCAGCGAGUCGAGCGAGGCAGCAGCGCCACAAGAGGCAGAGACGCCGGCCGCCUCUUCCUCCGCCGAGCUGCUGCUGCUGGCACACCACGUGCCGGCGCUCGUCGGCACGUUCAAGCUGGACCACCAGCGCCACAUCGACCUCGACCGUGCGCGUGCGCAGCUGGCACUGGCACUGCGCAAGAACGAGCUGGCCACGCUCGAGCGCGCCGUCGAGGAGGGCGCGGCUGUGGCGCAGGAGAAGGAGCAGCAGCGCGAGGAGCAGAAGCAGCAGGAGAGCGCGAAGGACAAGUAGAUGCGCACGCCUCACCACACCACUCUUUUGGGAUACACACUAGACACGGGCUCAAGGUUGCACGGCGCCGAUCACUCUCACUCCUAGACGCGCAAUGCACGCGUGACUGCCGCAGC